AUGCUGGGGAAUGCAAAGGCCAGCGAUUUGGCCGAUGGGAAAAACUUCGUUCCUUCAUGGAACGGAAAGCCCGAAAGCUUCAGCCACUUUGUGACGGAGAUCCGGUGGGCGCUGAAUAGCACGAAGAAGCACGAGCGAGCCCUCCUGGCCUCGCGCAUCGUGCGCCGAGCUUUGCAGAGCGAGCACCCGACUUUGGUGGCCUUGCUCUACAAGCUCGAUCCGGAGGACUUCAACACCGAAGACGGCGUGGACAAGCUGGUGAAGUUCCUGGAGGCAAGCCCGAUGAAUAGGCAGCCGCUGCCUGAUGCGGGCAACAAGAUCGGCGGCUACUACCGGCGCUUGCACAAGAAGCCCCACGAGGCGAUCCCCGCCUUCUUGGUGAGAGAGGACAGGGUCCACGACGAGAUGCUUAAGGCACUCCAGAGGCUCCUUACGGAGCGCGAACUGACGUUCGACGACUACGAAGUGGACCUGGGUGAGCUGAAGGCUUUCUGUGGCAUCCCUGAGGGGACGUCUUUGUACUUCGGCCCGGUGGAAGGCACUGACGCGGCCGAGGACGAAGAGCCCGACCAGGACGACGAGAUGGACACUAGGACGCAGACCCCGGAAGGUUCCGCAGGAAGGCCCUUUUCGCGCUCUUCGUUUGGGCGCCGAAGCAGCUCUAGAGAGAGCCGCGCAAGCAGCAGCAAGUCGGCCUCUAAGGAGGUCAAGGUCACGGAGAAGAAGAAGCCCAAGGGUAAAGACUUGCUGCAGAGGCUCAUGGAGAAGGGGCUUAUGCCCCUGGCUGCCUUGGAUGUGAUCCGCGGAUGGAUGAUCUUGGAGAUGAGCACCUCGACUGAGGACGAGCGGCGCAUCAUCAAGGCGGCGACCCGGAACAAGCUCGGGUACCAUGAGAUCAAGCAGGCCCUCCUCUCCAUGUACGAAGACAAGGGCUCCCAAGGAGGUAGGCCCUAUCACUCCGGACAUGGAGGCCGUUCCGCCUAUUGGGCGGAAGAGCUGGACCCAGAAGCCUGGUACGACGAGGACGGCUCGGUGUACUACCAGGACACAGAGGGCGCCUGGUGGACUGACGAGCAGUGGGCCUACUAUGGGGGCCAAGAAGGAGAGUGGGUCCAGGAAGAGGUCACUGAGGUGACCGGAGACGAGGAGCCAGACGCGGCUCUGGUGCAUCUCCAGGAAGAGCAGGUGGAAAUCGAGAAGGAGAGGCAAGAGAUCGAAGCCAUGCUGGCGGAGAACGACAGGAAUCUCCAGGAUGCCCGCCGUGCGGUGGCCGCGGCCGUGAAGGGCCUCGGCAAGCACGGCCAGCCUAAGGGCGGCCAGUCCAAAGGAAAGGCUCACUACAGCGAGGAAGCCAACUACGUGAAAGGGGCUGGCAAGGGCAAGGGCAAGUGGAGCUCCCCGUCGUGGGGAAAAGCCGGCAAGGGCAAAGGCAAAGGAAAGGGCAAGAACGGUGGCCACAACUAUCACCUCUUGACCAUCGACGAGUACGACUACUGUCUCGCUGCCUCUGAGGGGGCUAGCACCGUAGGAGCUUCUGAGUCCUUAGUGGACACCGGAGCCACGGCUUCGGCAGGAGGCCAGGAAGCGGUAGAGAAGUUGUGCUCCGCAAUCGCGGCAGCACGGGCAGACGUGAAGUUCGAAGUGAGCGAGACGGUGCGGCCAUACUUUCGUUACGGCUCGGGGGCAUGGGGUCAAGCUUUGUACCGGGUGAACAUCUCGGACGGAGAGGUGACGGUUUCCGUGUUUGCCCUGCCUAGCAAAGGUGUGGAGAGAGAGCAGGUGAAUCCAGAGUGCCCACCUGCCGAGCACUUGCAGCUGAGCAUGGAUGAGUUUGAGUUCCUGUGGCCUGGAAGCGCGGCGACCAUGGCCGGCGCCACCGGGAGCUCGACGCUGAGCGCCGAGAUGAAGGAAGAGAUCGCUCAGGCGGUCCGGGCCGCAGUCGCAGGGACGGUGGCCGAGACGGUGGCAGAGACCCUGGCCGCGGUGGGGCCGAAGGCCAAGGCCAAGCGAAAGCCAAAGGGCACGACCUCCGAGAAGGACGAGACGAGGGCCAUGGGCGUCGACAGUCGAGAUCCUCGGUCUCGACAGGAGACCUGGCCUUGCAUGGGAGAGCACGUGGCACAGAACCACGGGAACCGGUUCGGAGUGUGGACCGAGUGCGCCAGGUGCGGCCUCCCCCUGAAGUACGUGCCCAUGAAGGACGCGCCGGCUCAGGCGACGCAUGUGGACCUGCCCCAAAACGUCAUCGAAGCGCUGGAGCGGUUGAGGACCGGAGGUUGGACCGCGGAGGCGAUCGAGAAGAAGCAGGUCAAGAACAUGAUCGCGAUCGUCGCCAAGGAGAAGGCCGUGCUGGCACCGAAGAAGAAGAGCACGACGUUCGGACCGCCAGGGCGGACCAAGCCGGCGCCCAAGAGAGCCGAAGCAGGAGCCGAGUCGGAGAUGGGCAGCCCGACGGAGGAAGAAGAGUUCCAGAGAGUGGACGUGCCGAGGGAGGCCGACGAGGAGACGGACGCCGAGCUCAUGGCCGAGAAGAAAGAACAACCAGUGAAGCUGGAGGUCUCUGAGGAGACCGGUGGGCCGGCAGCAGAGACAGGUGAGGCUUCUGAGGGAGCCCCGGCAGUGGAAGAAGGACCUGAGGGUCCUUGGCGAGAACCCAACCUCAAGGGCCUGGACAAGGAGGUCAAAGAGAGGUUGCUCGAUGCGGCCAGUGAGCUCGACAUCGCGGCGAUCCUGACUUCCCUGCGGCCUUUGACGAUCUGGGAGAUCACGGACAAACAAGAGUCCGGUCUGAGAAGCAGCUGCGAGUCACGGAAGCUGACAGUGGUGAAGAAGAGCUGGUCGGACGGGUACGACCUGACCAAGGAGGACCACGUGAAGAAGAUGGUCCGGGAGGCCACGUUGGACCCUCCUUGGAGGAUCUGGGCUUCCUUGACGAGCACAUACCAGCCAGGUAUGAUUUUCAAGGAUGCGGCCCAGGAGAAGGAGCACCGGCACAAGAAGCGCUACAGGGCGAAGAAGCAGAUGCAAGGAUUUAUCCAGCUGCUGAAAGCCCUCAUGGAUAAUGAGGUGACCCCACACUUCUACUUGGAGUGGCCCAAGGAGGCUGCUGACUGCUGGGGCCUCGAGGAGAUCAAGCAGCUCAAGGACAAUGUGCCGAAGUACUUCAAGAAGAAGCUGUACGAAACGCAGCUUGAUGGGUGCGUGCUUGGGUUGCAAGACUACGAAGGAAGACCUCUAAGGAGGACCUGGUGGUUCCUACACACAGACGAGGGCUUCCAUAAGCGCUUCAAUGUGUGGUGCGACGGCAAACACCGACACGUGCCCCAAGACCAGUGGACGGAGAGCACUCGGGAACUCCUUCAGGGAGCAGGUUACCCCGGGGCUUUCAGCGUUUCCUUGGCGACCCACUGGACUAGACAGUGGCAAGACGAGAGGGUCGCCAACAGCACGCAGCUGCAGAGCAUUUACGCCAUGGCACAAGAGAUGGCGGCCGAUGAGGAGAUAAAGACUGGGACUUCUCAGGAGGUUCCCAUUCCAAAGGAGACCUUGGAGAAGGCACAGAAGCUGCUGCAUCGUCUGCACAAGGCAGCUGGGCAUCCGCCGAAUCGAGGUUUGGCCCGGAUUUGCCGGGACCGAGGCAUGCCGAGCUGGGUGGUAGAGGAAGCCAAGAACCUGACCUGCCGGGCGUGCAUCGAUGCCAAGCGAGGCGAGCAGCUUGUGCUACCGGUCUCUGUGGGGACCAAGCCGCAGCCAUGGCAGUUUGUCGGGAUCGACGUCUUCGAGCUGCCGUUCUAUGAGCUCAAGGUGAAGGCCAGGUACCUCUUGAUGAUGGACCUGACCACGCGGUUUCAGGCCGUGGAGCUUUUAUGGAGCGGCAAGAUGAACGAAUCGGGGACCGAUCCUGGGCAUGCCUUUAUGGAGGCUUUUGCGUCAACUUGGCUGCAGCAUCGACCCCGACCUGAGUGGAUCCUUUGUGAUCCACAGACCAGCCUGGCCUACGGCGACUUUCCGGAGUUUCUGUCAAGCGUGGGCAUAGGACUGUCGGUGACUCCUGGGGAGGCACACUGGCAGCUUGGUGGGGUCGAGGUCGCGGUCAAGGCCACUAAGAAGACCAUGAAGAAGAUCCGCAGCCAAGAGCGCAACCUUCCACCAUCAGUGGUGGGACACCUGGCUGCUAUGGCAGCAAACCACACCGUGAAGGUGAAAGGGUUCACGCCCAUACAAUGGGCUUACGGAGUGGAUCCAGCCCACUACGAGCGGGAUGAGCUGGCCCUGGACCCCCUGAAGGUGAACAAGGAAAUCAUGGAGAAGCCGGCGAACUUCUGGAACCUUCAGAGGCUGAGGGAUCGGUCUGAGGAGAUCCACCGACAAGAGUGGGCACGAGAAGCCUUCACUAGGCUCCACAACGCAGCACCAAGGCCAGCCAACAAUUUCCAGCUUGGUGAUUGGGUAUGUGUCUGGCGCAAGGCGACGCUGAAGUCUCGAAAAGGAAGAGUCAACCCAGAGCCCCGGUUCAUUGGACCUGGGCGGGUGGCGCUGAUCGAACCUGCGGUUCUUCCUGAAGGACGAUCCUCCGUUCUCUGGGUGCUGAUUGGAGCAUCUCUUUGGAGAUGCGCGCCAGAGCAGCUUCGCUUCGCGAGCGAGCAGGAAGUGCUCUCAGAGUUGCUGAGCCGGGGCGAGGCUGUCACAAGGCCAGUCCAGGAGCAGCUCAAGAAUAUGAGCCGCUGGCUGGACGUCACCAGCGAAGGCAAGGGCAUGGAAGAGGAAGUGGACCUUCCAAGCGAGCCCCUUCCUGAGAGAUCCCUGUCCACAGCACAGCCGCCGGCUGAAUGGAUCCGUGGCAUAGAGGAGGCGUCAGAGCGACAGCAGACGGUCGAGGAGCAGCGGAGGCAAUGGCAGCAGUUCAAGGGACUCAACGAGGGCCGUCGAAAGGACGGUUUGCCACUGCUGACCCGGAUACCACCGCAACUUCUGGGACCUGUGCCAGACUCCUGGGAGGUGGACGAUGAAGCGAGGAUGCUAAUUCGGCAUCACAACUCGUGGCGCUCCAAGCUUUUCGUGCCACCGGAGAACAUGCCUGUACCAAUUGAGGUCGGCCAGUUCACUGGGAAGAGGGUGACCCAGUGGAUUCAGAAGGAGACCGACGCUCGGAGCAGCUUCGUGGACGACUUCAAGACCACGGGGCAGCCUGAGAGAAGCCUAGGCUUCGAGUGGAAAGGCAAGACAAUGUUCGGCUUCAACCCUCCGACGCCAAAGAGGACGAUCGAGCAGGUGGCGGAGACACCAGCAAAAGAUCGAGGGCGAAGCCGGCAGAGGUCAGUGGCACGUACCAAGCCUGGAACCGAAAGGUCGCGCAGUGGUCCACCGACAACAACAGCGACGGCCACUGCAAGAGCGGAAGAAGGCACCUCUAAGGAGGAAGCCAAGAGCAGCCACGAGGCGAUGGCAGCAGUGAAGACAGAGACCACAGAAUCCCAACAAGCUCAAGGAUCCAUGGAGUCUGCUGAAAAAUCAGGCUCAGCAGAGGGUUUUGUGGAGACAGAGACCACAGAAUCCCGACAAGCUCAAGGAUCCAUGGAGGUGGGCAACCAGGCCGUGUACUUCAACAUGGCGGAAGGUGAUGACAGAGAAGCUGACACGGCAGAACCUAGCACUGCUGCUCUGGAGGAGAAGACAAAGGCCUUUGAGGAGGUCGCAAACUUCUACCUCAACGAGGACGUGUACCAUGCGGUGAAGGACCGCAUCAAGGUGCUCGAGAUGGAGAUCGAAGAAAGAGAGUACAUUAGGCAGCUCAAGGAGGAAGCGGACGCUUACCGGAAGUCCGAGGAGCAGCUACGUACAAAGGUGGCGGAAGCAUGCGACAAGGGCGAAGAAGCCUUAGUGGUCGAGUUUGAUGUGGAUGACCUGAAUGCCUUUGUGGCUGGAGGGACAAUCUACACCAAGGAGAAGCUCGUGAACCCGAAGUCGCAGAAGGAGGUCAACUUCAAGAACCUCACCAAGGACGAGCGGGCCAACUUCGACGAGGCGAUGGCCAAGGAAGUGUCCGAGGUUCUAAGGAGCCAGGCUCUAAGGGCAGCACGCGAGAAGUUUGACGAGGAGACCAUGAAAGACCGUACCAUUCCGAUGCGGUGGCUGCUGACCUGGAAGCCGUUGACCGAAACGCCAUCUAAGGAUGACAAGACGGUCCGAAAGGGCGGACUGCACAAGGCCAAGGCGCGGGUGAUCUUGAUCGGCUACAAGCACCCGGACCUCGAGAAGAGGAACCCAAGGACUGGAGCCAGGCUGUUGCAGACGGCUUCACCAACAAUGAGCCGUUUGGGAAGAAACCUGCUCUUUCAGGGAGCGGCCCUGGAUGGACACACCUUGGAGUGCGCAGAUGCCAAGAGUGCCUUUCUACAGGCAGAUGCGGACAUCGGCACCAAGAGGCUUUUCACCAAGGGUGUUCCUGAAGUGGCAAGAGCCCUGGGCAUUCAACCAGGAAUGGCCAUGGAAGUGGUCGGAGCCUUUUAUGGCCUGACGAACGCUCCCAGAGUGUUCUGGCAGGACACGGACAACAAAGUCACCAAGAUCGGAGGGCGACGCAAUCGCGUCGACAAGUGCAUUUGGGUCUUCAAGAGCAAAGAGACCGGCGAAAUUAUCGGUCGUGUGGGAACACACGUUGACGAUUUCAUUAUCGCCGGCGACAUGAAUAACCCAGAGUGGCUGGCAAUCCGGGAGGAAUUGAAGAAAAUGUACUCCUGGAGUCCUUGGAGGCAGGGUUCUUUUACCUUUGCCGGACUUGAGGUCCAGCAGCUCAAGGACUACUCCAUCAAGGUGACGCAGGAGGCCUUCUCGAACUCCUUACAACCAGUGGUGAUCUCUGAGGAGGCCAGCCGUGGUCAGGCAAACAAGCUGACGGACCAGGAGAUCAGCCAGUGCCGUGGGUUGAUCAUGAAGGCCCAGUGGAGAGCUGUACAAUCAGCCUUCCAGUACUGCGCCCGAGUGGGCAUCGCAGCCUCAGCGCUGACGGACCCAAGGGUGGCUAACCUCACGGAGGCAAACAACAUCCUGAAGGAGAUGAAGAAGACAGCCAAGGAGGACCUGUACUUCCACGCGUUUAACUUCGGCAAAAACGCGGAUGAGCGCCUCACUUGGAAGGAUGUGGUUGCCGUCCACUUUGGGGACGCCGGGCACAAGAGCCGGGGUGAUGGAUCCUCUACAGGAGGACACAUUACAGGCUUCGCCGAGCCAGGCAUCCUAUGGGGAGCUGAGGCAAGGAUGUCAAUCAUCGACUGGAAGAGCUGGAAGCUAGACCGGCCUGCAAAAGGGACGAACUCUACGGAUAGCCAGGGACUUUACGAAGCAGAAGACCGCGGUUGGCGGGUACGACUUCUGUGGGCGAUUCUCAAUGGAGAAGAGCUCAACCGCAACAAUGCGGUGACUCUGGCAGCCUCGAUGGAGUCACUUUUGGUGACUGAUUCGAGGGGACUCUAUGAUGCUGUGAGCAGCUCCGAGUCUCCACUGUUAGGAAUGGCAAACAGCCGUACCGGCGUGGACGUGGCUGCCAUUCAGAAGGCAACUACGGACGCUUACAAGGUCGCGGCCACCUACCUGGAAAGGAAAACGUGGAUCGUGCGCUUCAACCACGACUUCGUCAGUGCACGGAAGCAGCAAAGGCUGCGCCGAGCUAAAGAGCUGCAGGAGGCUGCGUCUUCGACACCGAGUUCUCCUGAGUGGGACCAGUACGUUGAAGAGCUUUUCGAGCCUUCGAACCCACAGCUCCGCGAGUGA